GAUGUCCAAUGAGGAGGAAAAAUUUAAGCAACAUCUUCAGGACCAGCAGAAGAAAGAACUGAACAGCUUUCUGAAGUCCCAGAAGAGAGAAUAUAAACUUCAAAAGGAACAGCUUAAGAAGGCGCUGAAUGAAAGGCAGAGCAGCCCAAGGAAAGAAGAACAGGAAUGGCUGUCAAAGCAGAUAGAGAACGUCCAGCAUUCCCAGGCAGAGGAGAAGACCGAUCUUCUUCACCAUCAGAGACAGCACCUCGGGCUGCAAUGCCGUCGCUUCCAAAGAAACAUAUUACUUGGGUGCUGUAACUUGGAGCAGGACCUUGUCAUGGAGGAGUUAAAUAAGAGGCAGACUCAAAUGGACGUGGAGCAUGCAACGCUCCAGCGUCAUCAUGAAUCCAUGCAAGAACUGCAGUUCCGCCAGCUCAACACAAGGCAGAAGAUGCGUUGUGAGCUGAUCAGAUUGCAGCAUCAAGCCGAGCUCACAAACCAGCUGGAGCAUAACAAAUGGAGAGAAUGAGAACUAAGGCGAAAGCAUGCCAUGGAGGUUCGACAACAGUCUAAGAGUCUGAAGUCUAAAAAACUCCAAAUCAAAAAGCAGUUCCAGGACACCUGCAAAAUCCAAACCAGACAGUACAAAGCUUUAAGAAAUCACUUACGGGAAUCUACACCAAAGAGUGAGCGCAAAGCUGUUCUGAAAUGGCUUAAGAAGGAGCAGACCCGGAAGUUAGCCAUCUUAGCUGAGCAGUGUGACCACAGCAUUCGUGAAAUGCUCUCCACACAAGCCCUGCAUUUGGAUGAAGCACAGAAGGCGGAGUGCCAGGUUUUGAAAAUGCAGCUGCAGCAGGAACUGGAGCUGUUGAAUUCAUAUCACGGCAAAAUCAAGCUGCAGGCUGAGGCACAAGAUGACCGAGAGCUUCGGGAGCUUCAACAGAGGGUUUCCUACCGCAGGGCACUCAUAGAACAACAGAUAGAAGAAGAGGUACUGACGUUUCAGAAAGAAUCUACGGAACGAAUCCAGAGCCUGCUGGAGCGUCGAGCAACACAAAUGAAAGCUUUCAAGUCCGAAAGCGAGAGACUAGGUUUUAGUAACCUUGCCUCUGACGCAUUCAGCCACAGCUCCUCCAGAUCUUCUGAUUGGCCUCACAAUCCAACUGGGGGUCCAGGACCUCACUCGGGGCAUCCCAUAGGUGGCCCACCACAAGCCUGCGGCCAUCCAGUGCAAGGUGGGCCCAGUCAUGGAGGUCACCAUUCCGCGCCAAUGCAUUGGGUACCCCGAGGUAGCAGUAUGGGAGUUGGCAAUGGCCCUCAGGCUCUGAGGCGGACAGCUGCUGGGGGAUGGACCGAACAGGGCAUGAGCAGAAGCACGAGCGUCACUUCACAAAUAUCCAGUGGGUCACACGUGUCUUACACGUAACUUAAUAACUGAGAAUGGCAAUUCCGCUGAGCUGGCCGCCACUACAGACAUCAUCCCAGCAGCCUCCUCACUUGGGUACUACCGUGUGGAAGCUGAGUGCAUAUGGUAUAUUUUAUUCAUUUUUGUAAAGCGUUUUGUUUUGUGUUUACUAAUUGGGAUGUCAUAGUAUUUAGCUGUUGGGUUUUGUGUUUUUUGUUUUUAACUUUUGGGGAAAUUUUAUGAAAAGGGGAAUUGGUAUGUAUGUGUAUUUAUCAAAUAUGCAUGCACACACACACACAUAUAAUGCACGUAGUAAAAAGAAACUGGUUAGAUAGGGUAUUUUCUGAAAACUGCAAAAACCGAAUUCAGCAGUGGCUUGAGUCAUCAUCACCUUUGGGCAACUCUAUCCUAAGAAAUUUGUGAAAAGAUCUAAAGCCUUUCUCUGUAUACCCCACCCAGGUUCUUAUGAGCCACUCACAGCAGGCAGCAUGUGCCAAAACAAGUUAUUAUGGAAACACACCUGUAUUCCCUCACCAAUGUAUUUUGUUUAUUAAAUAAAUGUAUUUUGUCUGA